AUAAAUUAAUUAAUUUCGCUUGAAAAGGGUACAUACCUCCAAAGCGUAGUUCAAGUUUUCGAAUCUCAACAGUUGAAUUCGGACGAAGCAAACCUAACACAUCUACAGUUCCUCAAUCAAGGUCGUCGAGAUUCCUUUGUAAAUUUCAAUUGAGGAACAAGGAAAGAGAAUGAGUGAUACAGUUUCUGUAGCUGACCCUCCAGUAACUGAAGCAAAGAGUGGUUUUGAUGCGAGUCGAAUUGCAGAAGUUAAAUCUUGGCUUGUCUCUCAAUUUGAUGGAGCCGGAAAAGAUGUUCCGGAUUUCGAGUACACUCCUCGAAGCAUUGCUCAUUUGCAUAAUCUUGCCGCGGUCUCUCAAGCCAAAACUCAAGCUGCUGGUAUUGUUGCCAAUGAUUUCCGCCAGAAAGCAGCUGAGUAUCGUUCCCAAGCUGCAAGGAUUAGAGAGAUAUUAGAGAAUGUGGGACUGGCACAAGAAAGUUUGCCUCCGAAUGUGGUUGGAUCAGCACAAGUUCUUUCGAAUGUGGCAAAUUUGUUGAAUAUUAGAGAUACUGAACUAAGUAGUUUUCUUGUAGCGAUGGGGGAUAUUUCUCUAAGAAAAACUGGUGUGGAUGAGAAGAGGGCUAAAGUACAAAAGGAGUCCAAAAUUCUUCUUGAUUACACAAGAAAGGCAAUUGCAAGGCUAACGUAUUUGAAAAGAACACUUGCACAACUGGAGGAUGAUGUAGCUCCUUGUGAGGCUCAAAUGGAAAAUUGGAGGACAAACCUGACAAUUAUGGUUUCAAAGGAGCGGCAAUACCUGCAACAAUAUUCCAACUACAAGGCUAUACUAAAUCGCGUGGGCUACACCCCAGAGAUCAGCCAUGGAGUCUUGGUUGAAAUGGCAGAGCACAGAAAGGAACUGGAGAAGAAAACAAAGCCCAUCCUUGAUACUUUGAGAAGCUACCAAGACUUGCCUCCUGAUAAAGCUUUGGCCGCUUUAGCAAUCGAGGACAAAAAGAGGCAGUAUGCUGCUGCUGAGAAGUACCUUGAAGAUGUAUUGCAGUCAGCCCUUGCCACGACGGAAUGAGAUCCCCGUGCAUAUGUUUUGAAGUAUCGAUUGGUGGUAACCGUCUCAAUGGUUACUUCUUUUCUCCCUCUAUUCAGAACACAAUGGGGUUAUUUUUAUUUUUCAUUAUGCUGAUUGCGGUGCUUAUUUACAGUUCCAUCUUCUAUGUGAUAAUGAAACUUGUUUUGGGAGUCAUCGCCUCUUUGUAUACCUGGAAUCAUCUCAAAUUUAACCUGAUCAAGUUCAUGACC